AUUCUCCAGGUAGAGGCGGCAAGAUGGCGGCGGUGGUGUGGGGCUCGCAGCGGCUUGCAGGGCGGGCGGCCCGUUUCUUUCUCCUCCCGGGGCGGACUUCUCGAAUGCUUUGCACAGUGACUAAGGAAAAAAGUACUGGACCAAACAUGGAAGAGGAUCCAAGUCACCACCACAGUGAACAGAAAUCUGACUCUGCUGCAAAGUUAUUAACAGAGGAAAAGACUAAACUGGAAGAUCAACUAAAAGAAAUUACUGACAAGUAUAAACGUGCCUUGGCAGAUGCAGAAAAUCUGAGACAACGAACUCAGAAACUGGUUGAAGAAGCAAAGUUAUAUGGAAUUCAGAGUUUCUGCAAAGAUUUGUUAGAAGUUGCCGAUGUCCUAGAAAAGGCCAUGGAGAGCGUUCCCAAAGAGGAGCUCAAGGAUAAAAACCCUCAUCUGAAAAGCCUCUACGAAGGUCUUGCCAUGACAGAAGUUCAGAUACAGAAAGUGUUUGGAAAACAUGGCUUGGCGAAACUGAAUCCCCUUGGAGCCAAGUUUGAUCCUUAUGAACACGAAGCAUUAUUCCAUGUUCCCGUGGAAGGGAAGGAGCCAGGCACAAUUGCCUUGGUAUCCAAGGUUGGCUAUAAAUUGCACGGUCGCACUCUGAGGCCUGCCUUAGUCGGUGUGGUGAAAGAACUGUCAUAGUUUAAUCUGAAAGAACCACAGUGCUGCACAACGAUUAAUGGAUAAUGGUCCACUUCACAUAGCGAUGAUGCGAAAGGCACGAGACGUUAAGCCCACAGUGAACGGGGCAGCAGUAAGCAACCUAGAAAUGCAUUCCAACUGAAUGCAGAGGGAUUACUAUGUGAAUUUUACGAAGUAUAUAAGCCGUACAUUAUCUGUACAUUCUGAUAAAUAUUGUGAUGAUUAAAGAACUCUGCAGUAUAA